AGGGGGGAUAAAAGAAACGGUGUGCGGAAGGCAAUGCCAAGUUUCACGGGUUGUGAGAAGUUUGUGGGCUGGAAAGGUCAUCAAUGCAGUCCUUGCCUUAAUGAGACACCUGGGACUUACUCUCUGCCCUGGAUCACUGUCACAGCAGAAAGAGGUAGAGCCUGCCAGAAAGCAAUAAGAAAUAAUCAAUUGAUGGGCCAAGAUCCAAGAACAGGCAUAAAGACCAAAAAUCAAGGCCAAUGGCAGAACAUGAAGGAGGAAUAUUUGUGGACUCUGGGGAAUUUUGAGGGUUUUAAGAAUGAAAGUGGGGGAGAGCACACACUGGAAGCCUUCAAUCUUCUUAGUCAAGUGGGAAGUGAGGUUCUCUGCUUCAGAUGGGCAAGAGAGAAGUGGGAGGUUAAGGACAGGUCCGCUUUUUCAUUUUGCUUACGUGGGAUAGUUGCCUCCUGGCUGUCUUCACUGAAUGUCUCUAAGUUACCUGCACUUCAGCUCUGGAACUGGACUCAUUAUACCUUCCCUCCAAAUAUACUCUUCCCACUGCACACAUCUGUUAUUCCCCCUGGUAUCUCCGAGUCAAUCGUUGGUGAAGAACUUCAACAGUUUUACCGGCCUCUCCAACCAGAUGCCCAGACUAGCUGAACUGUAUUAAUCAGAGGCUGCCCUGGCCACCGAUUAUUAAGCGACUAGCCUGGUGUGAGAAGAACAUUUGUUGGCUUCUCUGUAGUGCACCUAGAAGGAGGCCUUGGCCUGGCAGAUAAUCUAUACUUAUUAGGACAGAAAUUGAUGUGCCAAUCAGGUAACGUCCUGAUUGGAUUUCCUCCACAGCAGAGCAUAGGUUGCCUGGAGGCAUGGCAGUCUGUUGAUUUCCUCCUCCAAAGGUGGAGGCCUGGCUGCCAGGACAACCUUUUGACCCCUUGAUCCCUGGGGAUCAGCUGGCAUAGGUUCUUCUGUACUUGUUGCCCACACUGUAUUGGAUUUAGAUUUUGAAACACAUCUGCCAGUGUUCUCAGUUUUCACUUUCAUUAUGUUUGUAUGCCAUCCUGAGAUCAGAUAUAAAAUGGGAUGUAGGACAGCACAUCAGUUAGAAAAAGAAGGAGGGCACCCCUCUGGGUACUACAGCUUUAUUUAUGAUAGGCAAAUAUGGAAGCAAGUCAAGUGGCAAUCAAGACAUGAAUGAACCAAGUAGUGGGGUAGUCGCACAAUAGAAGAUUACUGAGCCAUCCAAAAGAAUGAAAUCUUGCCAUUUGCAGCAGCAAGGAUGGACUUCAAGAGUAGGAUGCUAAAUAAAAUGAGUCGGACUGAGAAAGACACAAUACCACAUGAUUUCACUUACAUGUGGAAUCUAAAAAACAAAACAAACAAACAAACAAAAACCAGACUUUUAAAUACAGAGAACAAAUUGAUGGUUGCCAGAGGGGAAGUAGGGAUGGGGGGGUUGGGUGGAAUAGGUGAUGUGGAUAAAGGGGGACAAACUUGCGGCUACGAAAUAAGUCAGUCAUGGAGAUGAAAGUAUAUUGCAGGGAAUAUAGUAAAAUUGUAAUUAUGGUGUAUGGCAACUACAUUUAUCAUGGCGAGCGCUGAGUAAUUAAUAGUAAUAGAAUAAACUUUGUACACCUAGAACUAAUAGACUACUGUGUCAACUAUAGCCCCAUAAUAAACAUAAAAAAAUAAAAGCACUGUUGCAGAAAAGGGGGCACUCACACACAGCUAGCUGGAAUUACCUUCCUGAAAGGAAAUUUGGCAGAUGUUUUAAAAAUAUGAAAACUCUGAUGUAUCAACUUAAAGAAAUUUCCUCUAAGAACAGAAUCACGGAUGCAUACAAAAAUCUGUCCACAGUGACAUUACAUUGGUGAAGCUUACAAAUGAACUCAAUGUCACGUAAGAGAAUAGUUUAGGUGAUUUAUAAUCAGUCCUUAAAAUAUUCUACGGUCAUUAACAUUACCUGGAGAAAUAAUCCCAAUUCUCCUACAUUAGAACAUUGGAGGGGGGAAAAAGCAUAUUUCAGAACAUACACAGUAUGAUCUGAGUUACUUGUGAUACCACCAAAGAGCUAAGUGUAGAGGACCAUUUCUAGAAGUCAGGAUUAUGAGAACUUUUUAAUCUCUUUUUAUUAUUUCCUGUUUUUCUAGAAAAAGAAGGAGGAAUGCACAGUAUAAUUUUAGGACAUUAGUGGUGGCAUUUAUAAUACUGAAUUAACUGAGUUAUAUUAAGCCUGUGUAAACUUCACCUGAGAUUAUCUGUAUGUGCAUUGGUCAUCACAAUUGUUGGUGAAAAAUUUGGUAAAGAUCAAUUUGUUAUAUACUGAAUACGGAGCAACAAACUGAAUUCUGAAUGCAGUUGUUUUAUUUCUGAAGUUUUUCACUUCAUGUACAUUUUGGGGGGGUUUAGUAAAAACUUACUAAAGAAUAAUGCUUUGGCUUUGAUUUUAUUGAGUUGGAUUCAUUUUGCACUUUAGGAUUCUCUUUUGAUUUUUACUGUGAUUUAUGCUGAGUAUUAUGCUAUAAAUCAUAUUAGGAAACAAUAGAUAGUGUUGGUAGGUUAGCCAGGUUUUCACCUGUAGUUUUUUUCUCCAUGUAACAAAUAUCUCUCAUUUAAAUAAGUAAGAGUGAGGGGAGAUGUUUCCUGUCUUUUCAAAAGAAAUACAAUUUAUCAAUAGUAAAAAACAAAACAAAACAAAACAAAACAUGGGAGAGAUUUAAACAUCUUGCUGUGGCUCAUGGAUACAGCUGAGGAUAGCUCCAAGAACUGGCAAGUGUAGGUAGUGACUGCUGACUCCAGACUUGAGCCCAUUGGCACCUUUGCUGUCUCUUGAGAAUUUACUACGACUCUGUCUGGUUUUACAAUCUCCAGACUGAGAGUCAUUUGAGAGGUCAGGCAAGGAUUGCUUCAUCAUGGAGGUUAGGCAAACCACAUUAAUUCCUGUAACUGCGGAUCCUAGGGUGGGUGGGAAAAAAUGUAUGACCCACUCCUUUUCCCCCUCUGCAAUGAUGAAUAUUCUUCUCUGAGAGCAACCUUGUGGUUCAAAGUAUUUUCGGUGUUUGAACAUGACUCAGGUUACUAGAAAUUUUUCUUAAUAAUAUUAAAUAUGUUUUCCCCUCAGAAGAAAAGGGUCUGCAUCUGAACAGAAUAAAAAAAUCCCAGAUUCUGACCUUCUAACAUACUUUGGCAGUUUACCCGUGUAUCUCUUGCUUUGGUGUAAGCAUCUCUGUUGAAAGACUGAGCCCUGAUCUUUUGUGAUUAGAUAGGAUUAGAAUCUCACAUUUCAGAUGAAGAUAAGAU